CUUAAGACAGCAAAAGUAUCAAAGUAGUCACAAAAUGAAAGUGGCAGGAAUUUUUCUAAUCUGCUUGGCAUUUCUCAUGCUAACCGGUGUAAAAGCCUCGGAAGCUCAAGAAAAUCUUAAUCAAUUGGACGAAGUUUUUCCAGUGAUAUAUGAUGAUCGUAGUGGUGAUGGUGUCCAAGAAACAAAAGUUUUGAAUAGACAAAAACGUUUAACAUGUAAUAUUGAUCGUAGUUUCUGUUUGGCUCAUUGUCUAUUGAGAGGAUAUAAACGUGGUUUUUGUACAGUGAAGAAAAUUUGUGUAUGCCGACAUUAGAUUUAUAGAAAUAAGAAAUUAGCAUAAGAUUUUGAUAUAAAAUGUAUAAAUUUAUUUAUAAAAUAAAUAUAUUUAGAAAGUAAAUAAAUUUGGUUUUUAAGAAUAUAAA